AUUCAUUAUAAUGUGAUUUGACAAUAAUGACUAGCCCUAGGCGACCUAAAAAGAGUGGUGUCCAGUGUUCAAUUCCGAGCUUAGAUUGGGAUUUGUCUUCAGCCGACACAGGCACCGUCAAGAGGAGGUCGUCGUGCCCGGAAAGUUCGCGAAGGGGCCCGGUGCGCACCCGUGACCCCAUCCUCGAGGUGGAGACUCCCUCGGACUCCGGGAGUGGCUCGGCCCGCAGCACCGCCGGUAGCGACGCCUCUGACCAGCUUCUACACGUCGAAGAAAGAAUAUCGUGCAUCAUCAAUGAAAACAGAUCAUCCAAGAGCAAUUCGGAAUCUUCUGACAUAGAUAUAGUUAUCGACAAUAUUCUCUCAAAUCCAAAUGAAAAUGACUUAUUUACAAUUGCUCAAAAUGAACCGUUCAUGUGUGAUCGAAGCAAAACUUUUAUUAAGGUACAAGAAUCCUUGGCUACUAAAGAAGCAGGCGCGGCGACUACUGUUGAAUCAGGUCAUAUUGAUAAGAAAAAUCGAGAGAAAAAGCUCAGGACUCCAGCACCAAUUAGAAAACUUAAGUCAUUAGACGUUGUAAAAAAUACCUCAAAAUCCCCCAAGGAGAUUUUCAAAACUGAUCAAAAAUGUAGUGUUUUACCUAUUUAUAAAAGUACUAUACAAAGUCCUGAAGUAGAUUUAAGCUCUAACAGUGCAAAAAAGAAAGUUGUUUCCAAAUUAAAACUGCCUUUUUCGCCGGCGAGAGCCAUGGAGAAGCCAAAAAUAAACUUUUUCCAAAAUAAAGGAAAUCUACAGGAUAAACCGUCUCCGCUGUUGUCAUCCCCUGUACGAAGAACCAUAUCCAAUGAAUACGUUCGUUUAAGGUUUACAAACGACACAGUGGUGAGGCGAACUAUAGAUGGGAAAUCAGUUCCGAAAAUUACUCCUAAAAUACAAUCUAUAAUACCCGAAAGCCCAGUCGAUAGCGAAGAUCCUUUUCUAAAUCUGAGUCCAAAUAAGAAAUACACUGUGACUGUAAAUAACAGAGUGAGAUGCGAUAAAGAUAACUAUGUAAUAUUCGAUCCAACCACUGGAUUCAAACCAGAAGAGCAUUCCAAGUCACGUAUUCCUGUAAAGUCACCUACCGGUGAAAAGUCCCGAAUACCGCUCAAGUCACCAUCGGGUGAAGGGCGGGUAGUUGCUCGCAAAUCAGUGAACAUUAGUGAUAGCGAUAGUGGCAUCCUGUCUCCCAAUUCGCCAGUGGAAACCAGUGAGGAAUCACCGGCACACUACGCGAACGCUUCAGCUUUCAGCGAGACAGCCAAGCGAUGCGCAGCGGAUCUCGACAUCAAGAUCUUGGACCCCGGACUCGCCAAGAAAGCUGUCGAACAAAUUAAGAUCUACACCGACUGGGCGAACCAUUACCUGGAGCGGGCGCGGUCGCGGCGCCGCGCGGGCGCCGCCGGCGGCGGGCUGGCGCGCGACUGCGCUGACGGCUUGCUGCUGGCGGACGUGCUGGAGGGCGUCACCGGCCUGAAGGUGCCACGCGCGCACCGCAAGCCGAGGAACCCGCAACAAAUGUUGGAAAACGUGCAAUGCUGCUUGGACUUUCUUCACGCCCAAAAUGUCCAAGGUUUAGAGCAAGUGACAGCUGUAGACAUCCGUGACGCAAAACUAAAAGCUGUACUAGCUUUGUUUUUUGCGCUAAGUCGGCACAAGCAAGCAUCGAAACAAAGAGCAGCGCCAUCUAGCAGCAAUGCUACAAACGUGGUGAAAAACUCAAGCGAAGAUGUGUCCCUGAGUUCGGUUCAACGCAUCAAAGGUGGCAGCAGUUGUGAUGAGAUUUUAACAGCCUGUGGAAAUAACAUCGAUAUGUCAACACUAGCUGCUAACAGACAGGUGUCUGUGCUGCAGACCUCCAUCCCGCUGCCUGCGUCGGCGGCGGCGGUGCGGCGAGCCCCGCCCGACAAGAGACCGCUGCCUGCCACGCCCGUCCACACAGGUGGCAAAAGUGCUUUGUCAGCGAGCUCCAGUCGCUCUACUAGCCCUCUGGGACAGGGGGCUGUCAGCUUCAUACCACGAGCACCUGCGUCGUCGUCCGGAUCACGACCAAAUUCCUCGCUUUUGGCCCCUGGCAGCAAGAUCCCGGCUAGUGCAUUCACGCAACCUCAACCGCAUUCCCAAAAAGCGAUAAAUCAAAAUGGGACACCCGCAAAGCAGUCUAUGCUGGACAAAUUGAAACUUUUCAAUAAAGAUAAGCCAAACAAUGAAAAACAACACAGUAAAAGCACGGCAGUGUCUAAGCGAACCAGUUCCUCCAGCGGUUUCUCUUCUGCCAAAAGUGAACGAUCAGACUCUAGCUUAAGUUUAAAUGAAUCAUCCAAUACUACUAACGCGCAUAUCAAAACCUCGAAUUUGUUAGGACCUAAAAGUAUAAGACAACAAAGCGAUACUUUAUCAAAAGACAAACCUGGUAAAAAUGUAAAAUCUAAGUUAAUUAGCUCUAAAAAUCUUAAGGAUUCGUCCACCAACUUAAGUAAAUCGAAUGUUAGAUCAAAUAAUACUGAUAAAUCUAGAAAUAGCCCGAAGCUUACUGUAAGAGACAAAGAAUCCAAGCUCGCUGCACCUAAAUCAAUAAGUAAUACUAAAUUAAAUCAGAUCGAUGAUCAUCCAAGGAAUUCAAAAGGAAAGAUAGACACAAAGAUGGUCAAAUUGUCAGGAAGUCAGAUGAAACUGAGUGAACAAAAAAGUGAAAAUAACACCGAAAGUGCAAAUACAAAAAAUCUGUCUAACAAUCCUCCUUCACCACCCACAGGACCAAAUGUAUCGUUACAAAAUCAAACUGGUAUUCCUAAGCCCACAGCAGCUGUAAAGGGAACGUUUAAAAUAUCAAAGGAUGAACGACAUAUUAUACACAAAGGUACAAAUAGUCAAUUAAGUCCAAUACAGAGCAAUUCUAGUUUAAAUUCUACAAACAAUGUAAGUGCACUUCCAUUUAGUAGAGAACAAUCGAAUUUAAGUAAAGACGUUUCACAAAAACAAACGCUUGCUGUAUCUCCAAUGCCUGUGAUUAAUAAUGCCACUUCUCAAAUGUCUGAAAGUUUGCAUUCAAAUUCUACGCAUAGUACUACUGGACAGCAUUCAAACUCAAGUGACAGUAGUGUCAUAUACCGACCUUCCAGUGAAUCCGGCUCUGAAAUGUCGAAAACAACUUCUAAUGGUCAUUCAGCUAACAAGAGAAUUGAUAUGAAUACAACGUAUAUCAAUGAUGUUAUUAAUGAGGCAGAAAUAUCCGAAAAACAGGCAGCGCAAAGACGAUUACUUGAAAACUCUGGUCUCAAACCAGCGUUUGAUCACAAUACUACUUUGUCAGACAUAAGUAAAAAGCUGGAGGGAGAAAGCAGGUCUAGCACACCGUCUCACUGUCGUGACAACUCGCUUGGCGAAGACGACAAUCCGUUGAUGAACGUAAUGCCUAUGAGACCACUGCUUAGAGGCUACAAUAGUCACCUUACCCUUCCUAUGAGGACAUCAGGUCUGUCACAGAAAAACACGCCGACGUAUCCGCAUCACGCUAACACCGUUAAAGCUAAUUUUGGUCGAGAAAAUAUAGCAUUGCGGGAUCGAAUUAAUUACGGCCCCGGUUUUUCGAAUCCUGAUUAUUGUGAUAUUGAAGUUGCAUCAGGAUAUUUAUCAGAUGGUGACUGUUUAAGAAGAAUAAACAUUAACGACAUGGAUCGAGGAAGAAAUAACGAUAUUAUGGACGGAUACAUGUCUGAAGGAGGAGCUUCACUCUACGGACGACGUGUUAACUACCAGCAGCCGUCACAACUCCAACAACUAGAUGAAAGACGCGGACCGCGCAGUAGAGGCAUGGAGGGCGGCAGCGGGGUGGUGUACCGCGUGGUGGGCCGCACGCGCAGCAAGGCCGACUGCGGGCAACAGACGGAGCGGCAGCCGCCGGCACCUCGCCAGGACACCACCUGGAAGAAGUACACGGACUCACCUGGAGUCGGGACGCCGCCAAUGAACCAGCCUGCGCCGGCGCCGCCGAGCCCCUCGCACGGGCGCAAGGGCGAGCGGCGCGCGGGCCACCACUCACCGCAGCACCACAAGAGGGAGAAGCUCACUGCCGCACAGCAGCUGGGCAUCGCGCCGCAUCCACAGUAUGCGGCAACGAACUCUUCUAACCAACAUAAUUCUAGAAGUGGCGGGCCUCAGAUCCAAUCGCCCAGUGGUUCUUCUUCACGGCCAUCGAGCGUUGCGAGCGGAGGCAACGGCAGCAACUGCUCCAGCAAGGCCAAAGGGCCACAGAACUUCGGUUACGUGAAGCGACAAAAUGGAGUGCAGCAACCGGCUUCACAGUCCAACAGCCCUCCGCAGCACGGGCACGGUGGUAGAAUGGCUCAAGUUUCAGCAGUUCCCCGUACUAAGGUUAAAGUAUCUGGCGGGACACAAACUUGCACCCAAGACCUUCAGAUUCACAAAAAUGGGAUUGGUCCGAAGUCUUAUUCACUUGGUGGUACGGCGGCAGCGCAGUUAUCGGCAUCAGUACGGGAGAGACUACUCGGUUCGCAAUCCCUUCCUAAACCUGGGACACAUGAUUUUGCUGCACUUUUUCAUCAUCACAGAAUUACACCGAGAGGUGGAAUCAAGAUCAGUGAUGGUAGUCUUUCUGAUACUCAAACUUAUUCUGAAGUGAAGUCAGAUUAUGGAAUACCCUACGCUCCUUGGCUGAGGCACAGCAACACUUACUCCGCGAGCGGCCGGUUAUCCGAGGGCGAGUCGAUGGAAUCGCUCACGUCGCUGCACUCGGCCGCGCACAACCACACCUCCUCUCCUACCUCACAUCACCGCAGCUCACUCACUCACAAUAAGCUCAUCAUGCACCGGGAACCGCAGGGCUCCAGGCUAAACCGGAGCAACAGCAUUAGAUCCACGAAGUCUGAAAAGUUGUAUCCGUCGAUGCUGCAAAGGUCUUCCGAGAGUGACUAUGAGCCCUAUUAUUGCCUGCCUGUGCAAUAUGGACCAGGGGGACAAGGCAUCAACUACGGCGUGUCGGAGCCGCCGUCGCCGUCGCCGCGGUCGGCGCUCAGCCCCACGCACCAGCCCGGCAACGUCAUACACACGCCGAGGCAUUCCCACCACUAUUCCAAGAAGAAUGAUGACGUUCACGGAUCGACCGCCUCGCUGGUUUCGACAGCGUCGUCGCUGGCCGCCGGCGCGGGCUCCGAGGAGAGGCAGGCACACGACGUACGGAAGCUGAGGAGAGAGCUCGCUGAUGCCAAAGAAAAAGUACACACAUUGACUACUCAGCUCACAACAAACGCACAUGUAGUAUCUGCUUUCGAGCAGAGCCUCUCGAACAUGACGCAGAGGCUACAAUCGCUCACGGCCACUGCCGAGAGAAAGGACUCGGAGCUAACCGAGCUAAGACAGACCAUCGAGCUGCUUCGGAAGCAGUCAAUCCAGGCGGGGCUGACCACGGCCCACAUGCAGUCCAUGGGCAUCAGGGCCGACGGCGUCAACAUCACGGGACAGGCUGAAAAACAGCAAGAGCCGGCAGCACCUCACACCCAGCAGAGUUCGCCGCAGCGCUUGGCACAAACCGGGAACGGAGCGAUCACUCGACACCUUUCCACAGACAGCGUGUCGAGCAUCAACAGCCUCAGCAGCGGCUCUUCCGCGCCGCACGAUAAGAAGCAUAAGAAGAAAGGAUGGCUGCGUUCGUCAUUUACGAAAGCUUUCUCUCGAAAUGCGAAGAUAUCUAAAACGGCCAAGCACUCGUCGCUCGGGCAGCUGUCGUCUCAGGACAGCUCAUCGGGCUCCCAUCACUACGACGAUCCGCACACGAUCCGCGAGGGAAGCAACGAGAACAGUUUAGAACAUUCCCAUGAGGCGAUCCCAGAGGCGAAGGACAAGCCGACGUGCCCGCAGGCCCCCGCGGAACAAACCAAAGAUAAACCAGAAGAGUCGGUGCUGGUGGACGAGCUGAAGCGGCAGCUGCGAGAAAAGGACCUGGUGCUGACGGAUAUCCGGCUGGAGGCGCUGAGCUCGGCGCACCAGCUCGAGAGCCUCAAGGACACCGUCAUCAAGAUGCGGAACGAGAUGCUGAACCUGAAGCAAAACAACGAGCGGCUGCAGCGGCUGGUGACGUCACGCUCGCUCGCCGGCAGCCAGAGCUCGCUCGGCACGGGCGGCUCCGCCGUCGAGGACCCGCGCCGCUUCAGCCUCGCCGACCAGGCCACCAUGCACCAGGCCACCAUCGACAUCCACUCCCAGCCACUAGAGCUCGACUUCAACUGCAUAGCUUCCACUCCGACCAUGGAUUUUGCCAAGAAAGGCUCGCCCAAGUCUAGCAUGGUCGAGCCUAUAUACGGCAACAAGGCUUCCUGCGAGCUGAGCGAGAACGAAGCGCUACUGGGGCUGAAUGGGGCCGCUGAUAUAUUCACCAAUGGGCUGAACAGCGACCGACUCAGCGGGGAUUACGAUAUUAACACGGUACUGCCGCCGCCGAAGAGCCGCGAGCUAGCCAUCGGGGAGAGUUAUUCCGAUAUAGGUGUAGCGGACAGUCAGGGCGACACGACAGACGGAAAGAAAAUAGCAAUAGCAGUAUAUUUAGGACAGCCAGAGACAUUCCAAAGAUAUUUCGAAGAAGUACAAGACACGCUCACCGAAUCCGAAUGCAGGUUUUAUGCGAAACAGUCGGCCAGCGGGUACAACAACCACUUCGAGAAGCAGCCGAGCUUCGACUCGCCGCGACUCUCGCAGAACCACAGCCCCGAGGCGGAACCGCAAGACUACCCGCUCUCUAUAAACAAAUCCAACACCAACAGUCUUAAAAGCAAUAAAUCUGCCCACAGCACCUCCUACAAAAACGUAUACAACAGCGACUCGACAAUAAACUGCAACGAGUACACGAUAGCGUACACGUACAUAUCCGGCAAGACGACCUGGCAGAACUUAGAUUACAUAGUUAGGAAGACUUUCAAAGAUUAUCUCUCAAGGAUAGAUCCUGGGACGAAUCUCGGGCUGAACACCGACUCGAUAACGUCGUACCACCUGGGAGAGGCCACUAGGGGGCCCGAGAUCGGGUUCCCGGAGCUGCUGCCGUGCGGGUACAUCAUCGGGACGGUGAACACGCUGUACAUUUGCCUGCAAGGCGUCGGAAGCUUAGCGUUUGACAGCCUUAUACCAAAAAAUAUUAUGAUUAGGUACGUGUCGCUGUUAUCGGAGCACAAGCGAGUGAUCCUCUGCGGGCCGAGCGGCACGGGCAAGUCGUACUUGGCCGCCAAGCUAGCCGAGUUCUACGUGCAACGGAACGGCACCGAGCGCCGCGGGAACCCCGCUGAAGCCGUUGCCACCUUUAAUGUGGACCGCAAAUCGUGUAUCGAGCUGCGCGCGUACCUGGCGAACAUCGCGGAGCAGUGCGGCGCGGCGGCGGCCGGCGAGGAGGCGGCGCUGCCGUCGGUGGUGGUGCUCGACAACCUGCAGCACGCCUCCGGGCUCGGCGACGCGUUCGCGGGCCUGCUGCCGCCUGACAACAGGAACAUGCCUGUUAUCAUUGGAACGAUGUCUCAAGCGACGUGCAACACGACGAAUCUUCAGCUGCACCACAAUUUCCGAUGGCUGCUCACCGCCAACCACAUGGAACCUGUGAAAGGAUUUUUAGCCAGAUACCUCCGCCGCAAGCUAUUCUCGCUAGAGCUCCGCCUGGGGCGGCGCGAGCCCGCGCUGGCCGCGGUGCUGGAGUGGCUGCCGGGCGUGUGGUCGACGCUCAACGCGUUCCUCGAGGCGCACUCCUCCAGUGACGUCACCGUCGGCCCGAGGCUCUUCCUCGCCUGCCCUAUGGAUCUGGAUGCUAGUCAGGCGUGGUUUGCGGACGUAUGGAACUACAGCAUAGUGCCGUACGCGUCGGAGGCGGUGCGCGAGGGCGUGGCGCUGUACGGCCGGCGGCGGCACGCGGCCGUCGACCCGCUGCAGCACGUCAAGUCCAGCUACCCGUGGCGGGAGCCGAACCACUCGCACACUCUACGUGCGAUAACCGUCGAGGAAAUCGGGAUAGAAGAAAACAAUCAAGAUCCAAACACCAACAACAACCAGGAUCCUUUGUUGAAUAUGCUGAUGCGGCUACAAGAAGCAGCCAACUACAGCGGCAACCAAAGCCAAGACUCUGACAACGCGAGCAUGGACUCGAAUCUCACACACGACAGCUCGGUGGGAAACGAGCUUUGAACACAAUUUUGUUACUAGUAUUGUGCCGC